AUGGUGAUGUACUUUAUUAUUUCAAGUUGUUUAGCAAUACUUGUAAAAGGAGUUAUAAGCAGCUUCACUGAAGCCUGGACGACCUGUUUUCGUACCGUAGGUCUGUUUAAUAUUUCAGAAGAUUGCACUGACUGUAUGGAAUAUAAAUUGUGUCCAGCAGCCCUUAACUUGGUUCUGAAUAAAACUGUUAAAGCUGAGAAGACUUUUCGUGAAGCAGUUUGUGACUAUGGAUUAAAUAAUGGGACGAAGAGCCUUAAGGUUUGCUGCUCAAUGUUACAAGAACACGCGGCGGAUGUCCAGAAAUUUAACGUUUUACCAGAUCAGUGUGGUGAAAUCCGGGAAGAUCGUCUCUUUCGUGGGCCUGUAGUCAACUUGUUUGAUUACGAGUGGUUGGCUGUGUUUAAUAAAUCUAGUGGAGACGCGCUUUGCCUACCGAAAUCCCCGGCUCCACACGAUUCAGAUUGGUUCAACAAUCUGGCGUUAACGGUGGGGUGGGGAGCGCCCAACACUGUUCCACUCAAAUCCUAUCUUCGUGGUUUCAAUGAUACAACGUGCAAUGAUUUUUAUAAAAGAUAUCCAGAUUUAAAAAAUAACACUUUUUGCGCGCGGGAUUUGUAUGAUAAUACCAACCUGGAUCCUGGAAGCCCACUUCUUACGCGUUCCACCUAUGGAAAGAUUCCAAUACACGUUCAGUAUGGAAUUUUAUCGCAAGAAGUCGGUAAACAACAUUACAUUUAUACAAAUGUUAAUAAAUAUAUGGCUUGGAUUCUGAAGGCUCUACGGGAUUUAGACUAA